UUACAUUCCAGUUGACUCAGAACAGUGAAGGUGUAAGGAUCGAUAGAAUGUGGUGGCUGUGGUUCGGUUUGGUGCUUGCAAUCGUAGGACUUUUACACUGCUGGAUUGUUCAGCGGCAUCGGUUUGCGAACCAUCUGCCCAACAUGCAACCGUACUAUCCCAUCAUCGGAAAUGGGCAGUUGUUUAUGGGAAAGUCACGUGUGAAGCUGUUCAACGUUCUGAUGCGCCCGUUCAAGGAGCAUAGUGGCUGGUUUAAAAUAUGGCUUGGUCCUAAGCUGGUGCUGUGUACGUCCCAUCCGGAAAUCAUGAACGCGGUGCUCACUCAUCCCGACUGCCUGGAGAAGCCGUUUUUCUAUGACUUUGUGAAACUGGAACAUGGAAUCUUUGCUGGACACUAUCAUCCGUGGAAAACUCAACGCAAAGCUCUGAACCCAGCAUUCAACACACGCAUCCUGCACAGUUUUAUCCCCGUGUUUGUCGAGUGCGCCAAGCUGAUGGUUCAGAACGUGGAGAAAAGUAUCGACGAAGGGCACGCUUCGCUAUCCAUCUUUCCCUUCAUAAGCAAGUGCACGCUGGAGAUGGUAUGUGGCACGACGAUCGGGUGUGAUGUGCUGGAACAGCCCGGCAAGGAAACGUUCAUAGAAAAUGUGGACCGAUGUUUCGAACUGGUAGCAAAACGGAUGCUGAAUAUUCAUCACUAUAUAGAGCUUCUUUACGGAUUUACCAAAGAUUGCUUGGAAGAGUCUGAGCGGCGUACUUCCUGCUACCAAUUCUUCGAGUCGGUCAUCGAAAAGGCCAAAGCCCGCAUACAAUCAACAGAAGUUGGUGAGGAAUGUACGGAUUACAAAAAACCACAAAUAUUUGCAGAUCAACUCUUAUCCGUCAAACACAACGGAAAUCCUUUUACAGACAUAGAAAUCAAGCACAACAUCUACUCGAUGAUAGCAGCGGGCAACGACACCACAGCACUACAAGUUACUCAUACGUGUUUGUUCCUGGCCAUGUUCCCAGACAUCCAAGAGCGAGUGUACCGUGAGGUAAUGCAAGUGUUCCCCGACCCAGACCAAGAUAUUACGCUGGAAGACCUUAAGAAUCUUACCUACAUGGAGUGUGUCAUAAAGGAAAGUCUUCGGCUCGCCCCAUCAGGGCCAAAUAUUGCACGUCAAACAAUGAAAGACAUACAAAUCGCGGAUCUACGCAUUCCCAAGGAUAGUCUCCUAGUAUUGAGCAUAUUCUCGAUGCAUCGGCGUAAAGAUAUUUGGGGACCGGAUGCGGACGAUUUUAAUCCGGAUCGUUUUCUCCCGGAACGGAGCGUUGGAAGAAAUGGGAACGCCUUCAUACCCUUCAGCGCAGGAUCGCGGAACUGUAUCGGUGCACGUUAUGCGAUGCUCAGCAUGAAGGUGAUGCUGGUUAGUGUGUUGAGACGGUUGCGGCUACGAUCAACUAUGAAAAUGAGCGAUUUACAGUUUCGUUUCGAUUUAACACUAAAGCUGGAGUCGGAUUAUGUUUUGGAUGUAGAAAAACGAGCGCAAGUUUCACUCAGUUCCAUUCCAGCCGUCAUCUCAGUCAGAAUGUUGCUUAUAAUUUUGUUGACCGUCGCUACGAGUGCCAUUUAUUACUACACAUUUGUAGUCCGCGUUCGAUAUGCGCGAAACGUUCCCACUGCAACGCCCUGCUAUCCACUGAUAGGCAAUGGGCUAUCGUUUAUGGAAAAAUAUCCCGUAAAAUUGUUCGAAAACGUGGUGCAACCGUUUAAACAGUUCGAUCGAUGGUUCAAAAUUUGGCUCGGACCUCAGCUAAUACUGUGCACAUCGCAUCCGCUGCUUGCGGAGUCCGUACUGAACCAUCCAAAGUGCCUCGAAAAGCCGUUCUUUUACAGUUUCGUUCAGCUAGAGGACGGUAUACUGACGCGUAAAUAUCAACACUGGAAGCGAUAUCGCAAAGUACUAAGUCCGGCGUUUAGUACGAGCAAAGUUAGCAACGCCCUGCCAUCGUUCGUAGCCUGUGCCGGUGAGCUAAUAGCAAAGCUGGAGUUGAUGGUAGAAAACUGCUCAACUAUUUCGCUAGCUCCAUUGCUGAGUGAGUGUAUGCUGAACAUCAUAUUUUCUACCACACUGGGUGCGAAUGUAGUAGAACCGCACGAGGCGAAAAACAUUCUGACGAACCUGGACAGUUUGUUCCAGAUGAUAUCGGCUCGAGCGAUAAAUGUUUUAUAUCACUACGACUGGAUUUACCGGUAUACAAACAAUUUUCGAGUAGAAACCAACUCCAGAGCCGAAUGCUAUCGUGUAGUGGAUAAAGUUCUCGCUUCCAGAAGAGAAGCACUGGAAAACGCAUCAUACGAAGCUAACGAUUCUCCGGCCAUGCUGGAUCGCCUGCUAACGACAGUAGACGAUGGUCCUCUGACGGAUACAGAAAUUGUCAACAACAUUUACUCUAUAGUUGGAGCUGGCAACGAUACGACUGCACACUCGAUUGGUCAUACCUGCCUAUUCCUUGCAAUGCAUCCCACCGUCCAAACCAAACUGUACCAGGAACUGUGUGACGUUUUUGUUCGUUCCGAUGAACCUCUCACUGAGGAAAAACUGAAACGCCUAACCUUGAUGGAGUGUGUCCUGAAGGAAAGCUUACGGUUAGCUCCACCGGGUGCUACGGUAGCACGUGAGGCACAGGAAGAUCUACUCAUCGACGGACAAUUUAUCCCGCGUGGCACUACGGUGGUCGUCAGUCUGUUUGCAUUGCAUCGAAGAAAAGACUUUUGGGGUGCAGAUGCUGAUCAAUUUGAUCCCGGUCGGUUCUUGCCUGAACGGAGCGAAGGAAGGCCGUCCUAUGCGUUCAUACCCUUCAAUACUGGCAGCCGUAACUGUAUCGGGUCACGAUAUGCUAUGCUGAGUAUGAAGGUGAUUUUGACGAUGAUCGUACGCUCGUUUAAGCUUCACACCAACAUGAAAAUGGAGCAAACGAAGUUUCGGUUCGAUAUUGCGCUCAAACAAGAUCAGGGAUAUUUGAUAGAGUUUGAAAGACGAAGCAAUUUGAGUUUGAACGAUUAGUCAAAUUAGUUACUUCACAGAAGAGUUUGUAUUAACA